GCGCAGGAUGUUUGACCGUGCGCACGUGGUUCUUUUACUGCUGGCUUGUGUCGGGUUGUCCCAAGGGUUGGACGACGAUCCGUUCGGAACUCUAGCCAGGCUUGUCCAGGAGAAACAAGCGGAGCAAGAUGGAACCCUACCCAGUCAGCUUUCAAUCAGAGAAAGUUACUCAUUAAAGGAAGAGAACGCACCACCAGAAACAACCCCUUCAACAUUAAAUGCCACUGAAAAAGUUGAGAAAAGAAGUAAAACUUCCAGAGACUAUUUUAAACGAUAUUCAAACCUUCGAGUUAAAGCCAAGAAAGCGGACACUGCUGAACCAGAUGACAAUGUCAGAAGAAUUAAUUUAAAGAAAAUUGAAACUAGAAACUAUGAGAAUACCAGGUUGUUAAGAAGUAGAAUCAAAGUAGGGGACAAAAAUAAUGGCACAAAACCUCAGUCUCCUGUUGAAACGGAAGAAACGUCCUUGCUCCGAGACCGGAGGAAAACUGGGAGACAAACUUUAGCGGCAAAACUUUCAGUGAAGAGUGAAGAAAAGGAAAGAAAUACUGAAGCUUCUAAGAUUGUGGAGGUUAGAGUAGCCCCUCCCCCCGGACAUCUGGUACGAGGUGAUCACGGAACAAGAUCAAGGUUUUCAUCUUCCACGAGCUCUGAUAGUCGCAAAAAUAAUAACUCCGAUACAUCAGUGUCUGAGCAGUCCUGGAGUUGGCACGGAUUGAGAACUUCUCCGGAUCCUUUGGAAACUAAGAGUGAUGAAACUUCAGAUCAGGAUGAGGUAUUCAAGCUUGAUUCAAGACCAAGAACCUCUAGAAGGACGGAGGAUCUUGAUAAACCUGGAGCAGACUCUAAACAAGACUCUAAACAUAAUGAAGGUGUCACUAAAUCAUCCGAGUUUACAACCCCCUCUUAUUCUUCUUUAAGUCAAGAAGAGACUGAGGAAACUAAAAGAAGAUUAUUACGGAUUGAAAGAAUACCGGGAAGAUUAAGAGGAAUUAAAGGGACCCAGCGCCAACCAAGAAUUACAGAAUCAGAAAAACGAAUUUAUCCGAAAACUGAAAACAGUCUUGAUCAACUGUCUAAGGAUCAAAUCUCCCGAGGUGGCUUUGAUUCUGACUUCUUUCACGAUUUUCCUAAAUUUUCUGGAUUUGACCACGGAUCUCCUGUUCCCAAUCAUGUUCCAUAUUAUGAAGAAGCACCGGUCAAAGAACCGAUAAAUCAUGAUAAGGCACCAGUAGAUCCCUCUGUGCUGUAUGUGAGUGAUCCCUGGAAAGAUAUAGAAGGAGUUGACUCCGAUAAGUAUUUACCUAAACCAUAUGCUCCUCUUACAACAUCAAGUCCGUACAGUUACCAGGAACCUAGUUACCAUGCCCCAGAAUCUAAUUACCAUGCCCCGGAACCUAGUUACCAUGCCCCGGAUCCUAGUUACCAUGCCCUGGAACCUAGUUACCAUGCCCCGGAACCUAGUUACCAUGCCCCAGAAUCUAAUUACCAUGCCCCGGAACCUAGUUACCAUGCCCCAGUACCUAGUUAUCAUGCCCCAGAACCUAAUUACCAUGCCCCGGAACCUAGUUACCAUGCCCCAGAACCUAGUUACCAUGCCCCAGAACCUAGUUACCACCCCCCAGAACCAAGUUACCAUGCCUCAGAACAUGGUUACCAUGCCCCAGAACCUAGUUACCAUGCCCCGGAACCUAGCUAUCAUGCCCCUAAGCCAGCCUACGAUUCUCCCAAAGACCACUACACCCAAAAACCUAAUUUUCAGUAUAAAAAACCAGCAUAUCGACCUCCAAUCGGCGCCAAGCCCGUGCACAACGAACCAACAUACGAUAAACCUUUGUACAACGAACCUAAACCGUACAACAAACCUUUGUACACAAAACCUGCGUACACAAAAAAAGUGAACAAUAAGCCUGUGUACACCCCGGAGCCUGUACACCCAGAUCUAUAUAAUCAAGACUUUUUUUCAAAGUUUUCACCUUUUGAUUCUCAAAAAGAGACUUUUCACUCUGAAGUCUUUUAUACUCAUCAUGAAGAUGAAACUUAUCAUCCAAAACCUCAUCAUGAAGACAAUUCAUAUCAUCAUGUAUCUCAUCAUGAACCUCUGCAAAAACCACACCAAGUGUAUCAUGAACCACAACAAGUUUAUCAUGAACCACAUCAAGUUAACCAUGAACCACAUCAAGUUUAUCAUGAAACUAAUAAUGUUUAUCACGAACCCCAAAAAAAUUACCAUGAACCCCAUCAAAUUCAUUAUGAACCACAUAAAGAACACUAUGAGCCACAUAAAGUCCACUAUGAACCACAUAAGGUUCACCAAGAAACAUAUAAAGUUCCUCAUGAACAACAUCAAUUCCAUCAUUCCUACCACCACGAUGAUAAGUCCUACAAGACUGAACUCCAUAAAGAUGUUUCUAGUCUAAUCUACCAUGAUAAUGAUCCCUACUCUAAGGUGUCCAAAAAUCCUGAAUUAUAUCCCUCCAACCCCAUCUUCCAUGAAAACAGUGCCGGAUUCCAGGAUUUUGAAUUUCCAACUGAUUUUGGACUUUCCUCCAGUCCUCAGCCAGUCUUUGCAGAGGCAGGACACAGAAACAGAGAUGGGGAUGCCAG